AUGGUGCUUUUGUUUUGCGGUGCUAUGCUUGCUCUAUACUUCAUCCUUUGCAAUGCGAGAACUCUUACAAGAUUACCACCAGGUCCAAUCUCUGUGCCAAUAUUUGGAUCCAUUUUCUUUCUAAGAUAUCCACUCCAUUGCUGUUUCGCAAGCCUUGGCAAGAUCUAUGGCCCGAUCAUCCACCUGAGAGGUGGAGUGGUGGACUACAUUGUUAUCAACUCGAUCACCAUAGCCAGGGAGGUCUUGAUCACUCACGAUUUGGAGUUUGCUUAUCGCCCAGCUAGUAAGUUUGGAGAGUACUUCAGCUAUGGCUUCAAAGACAUUGCUCUUGCUCCAUAUGGUGAGUCCUGGAAGAACCUCAAGCAAAUCACGAGCAGGCACGUGAUGAGCAACACGAGGCUGGAUGGUGUUGCGUGGAUGUACGAACUAGAGAUGGCGAAAUCUAUCAAAGCCAUUCAUAGCUCUGGCGAUCAUGCUCCCGUCAACCUGACCGAUGCAGUCGGCAAGUUUAUCUCGGAUGCAUUUUGUAUGAUUCUCUUUGGCAGCACAGAAGUGAGAGUUUUGGAUCUGGUAGCCCAAAUCGGAAAGCAAGCAAUCAACGUGAACAUUGGAAACUUGUUCCCAGCGCUGGAUUUCCUGGAUCUCCACGGAGUAAACAAGACAAUGAAGGAAACUCUCAUGCCAGAGCUGGAACAAUUGCUAACACAAGUGAUCGGCGCUCACAAGCAAAACAAGACGAGGAUUGAGUCUCAAGGGGAGGAAUUCGUCAGCAGAGAUCUCACAGACGUGCUAUUAUCUCUCGAGUCCCUACCAGACAUAUCAAUCGUCGCACUGCUCACUGUAAGUGAUACCACGCACUUUUCAGUCUGGAACUUACUCUUUGCACAGGAUAUACUUGUCGCUGGAGUUGACACGAUCAAGUGGACAGCAGUCUGGGCCAUGGCCGAAGUUCUAAGAAAUUCCAGAGUGAUGGAAAACGCACAAGAAGAAGUAAAGAACACGAUAGUGAAGUCACAACUUGUCAAGCACUCGGAACUCGUCAACUUACCUUACAUCGAAGCAAUCUUCAAAGAAGUGUUGCGACUACAUCCAGUGGGAGCUCUUGGCGUUCCUCACCACAAUCCAUCCAAGGCAACACUCGCAGGCUACGACAUCCCCAAGCACUGCACCGUUCUCAUCAACAUCUGGGCGAUCGGGCACGACCCACGGCACUGGGACGAGCCCGAGGUGUUUCGCCCGGAGCGUUUCCUGGGCGAUCAAGCGAAAUCCAACCAAGAACUCAUGAUGCCAUUCUCUGCCGGGAGGAGAACUUGUCCGGGCAUACCAAUAGCUUCCCGCGUGGUUCCUUUUGUGGUUGCAAGCUUGCUCCAUGCGUUUGAUUGGAAGAGUGAAGGCGAGAUCGAUUUGUCCGAGAGGUCGUCUGGAACUCUCUCGUGUAUGCCGGCGUCCGAAUUGGUGGCAUUCGCAUCGGCAAGGCUCGAAACGUCUGUCUAUGCCUGUUGA